AUGGCAUCAUUGAACUCCGAAGUACAAGAUCGAGGAAAGCUGUAUAAGUUUACGAAGAUAUUGACUUUAAAGGUGGCACAGAUUGUUGUUCAAAGUCGACAAGGAAAAAAAAUAUCCCAUGAAUGUAACGUUAUAAAACCCUCCGACGACGGUCCGCCUUCUUCUUCCCACUCAUUGCAAUGGUUUAACUUAUCUAUACCCGAUGUCCCUGAGAUAAACAGAGACACGAAAAUGGUACUCAAUGGUGAAGUAAUAGAGGCCCUCAGCAAUGUACUGUGCAUAGAAAUAUCUCUGAGGACCAAUGAAGGGGAUGAAAUGGUAUUGGAGGUGUGGACGGUGCGUGUGGCGCCCGGCGGCGACACUAGUCAAGGAUCUGUCUCCACCAUAUACUACCGUAUGAGUAUCAUGCUCAAGUCAACACUCAGCAUCUCAAGGAUAACUCCUGCAUACAAGUUGUCAAGACUACAGAAUAAAGAUUCAUAUAUUAUAUCUCACAAAAUCUAUGGCGGCAAACCUAAUUUGGAUUUAUUGGGUGACAUGUCUAAAACAAUCAAGGUGAGCGAGCUCCAGACGCCCAUAGGAAAAAUACAGAUAGAUGUUGUUUAUAGAACAAAGAUGACAAUAUUACCAGAAGACAGAAGGACUGUUGACAAGAAUGUUCUGACGACCAGCGACAAGAUUAUGGUGAAGAGUGAUCACUUCCCUAAGGAGAGUCCCAGGAAGACAUACAACGAGAAGAAAGAACUGGACCUCACCAAGCCUCUGACGGCCGGAGCAUUCGUGGACACGGUGAAGAUAAGAGAGUUACAUGAGACACUGAGCCAACAACUACCACCAGAGAGUCCACUGACCUGGCUACUGGCUGAGAAGGAUAAACUGGAGAGGAGAAUGAAGAUGGCGCCCAUAUCAGAAGACGAGAGCGGUCCAGCGGCGGAGGAGACGCGACCCUCCUCGAGGCCCGUGGACGUGCCUCGCCUGGCGCACACCGACACACACAGAUACACCAGCCUCAUGGAGUUCCCGUUCGCGGAGGGCAGCCCCAUCGCGGAGCUGGCGUCCUUCUACCAGGAGUGCGUGUCUGCGCGCGAGGCCAGCGCCAGCUGGUCGUCGGUGGGCGCGCGUCCCGAGCCGGGGCCCUCGCUGGCCCAGCAGCUGCAGCAGUUCGAGGAGGCUGUGCCCGUGUUCGACAACAUGGUCGCUUCUAUGUUCUCCGACUGCGACUCCUCCUCCGGCAAUAACUAG